GAUAUGAGGAGCUGAGGGGUCACAGACUGUGGAGCAGAUUCCCCGGAUACUCAGCUCCUCCCCUCCCUCCUCCUCCCGCUCAGUCCCAGUGACGUCACAGCCUCAGCUUCAGCACCAAGGACAGCAGCAGCCGCGGCCUCUCUCCUUCCUGCGCCUCACGGGCCGCUCUCCUCACACGAGAGGGACAUAGUCAGCCUGGAGGCCCGCGGGAGGCGGCGGGGAGGGGAGCUGGGAGGAAGGCCGGCAGGAUCUGUGUAUGGAAUCGACCUUCAUCCACUCGGCCAUGGCUCUGGGACUGACGAGCAAGAAGGUCUCCUCCAGGAACAUCACUGUGGAGAGAAAGAACCUGCUGACCGUGUGCCGGUUCUCUGUGAAGACCCUGCUGGAGAAAUACACCGCGGAGCCCAUAGAUGAUUCAUCAGAGGAGUUUGUGAACUUUGCUGCCAUAUUGGAGCACAUCCUAAGCCAUCGAUUCAAAGGUCAUGUCAGCUGGUUUAGCACAGAUGGCCAGAGAGGAUUCUGGGAUUAUAUUCGCAUUGCCUGCAGCAAAGUGACAAACAACUGCAUCAGCAGCAUUGAAAACAUGGAGAACAUUAGCAGUGCCAGGGCAAAGGGCCGGGCCUGGAUACGUCUGGCUCUUAUGGAGAAGCGACUAUCAGAAUAUAUAGUGACGGCUUUAAGGGACACCAGGACCACCAGGCGCUUCUAUGAUGAUGGAGCCAUCCUGCUGAGAGAGGAAUCCUCUGUGCUCACUGGAAUGCUGAUAGGUCUAAGUGCCAUUGACUUUAGUUUUUGCCUGAAAGGGGAAGGCAUUGAUGGAAAGACCCCAGCAGUGAUAGAUUAUACCCCUUACUUGAAGUUUACACAAAGUUACGAUUACCUGAGUGAGGAUGACGACAGGGAGAGUGUGGGUGGCAGUAGCAGUGAGGACAGCUCCCCGGAGCACCCCUAUUUGCCUUUGCUCACCGACGAGGAGAGCUGGUACUGCAAGUGGCGCAAGAUGGAGCAGAAAUUCCGUAUCGUCUAUGCACAAAAGGGUUACCUAGAAGAACUGGUCCGUCUGAGGGAAUCUCAGCUGAAGAACCUGGAGGCUGAAAACAAGAGGCUGACCCAGAGGCUCACUGAGCAGGCGGAGCAGAGUCUGCAGGAAAAGCAACAGCUUGAGGGAGUCAUUCUGGAGCUACAAGAGCAGCUCACUGGCCUUCUCCCUUCUGAAUCUGCCCCAAUCAAACAGUUCACCCCAAGCCUUGGGGCCCCUCUCGUUAACCAGUGGCCCUCGCUGAGCACUCUUAAUGAUAAUGAGGCGUCUGUUAAUCCAUCGCUGUACAGGAGGCACAGCUUCUUGAGCACGGAACACCUCUCCACCGAGCUUAGCCUGAGCUCUGAAUCCCAGAGGUUGGAUGGAAAACAAGAUGGAGAGCCCUGGGGGCCUAUUGGCAAGGACCCAACACCCUCCAUGUUGGGCCUAUGUGGUUCUUUGGCCUCUAUCCCCAGCUGUAAAUCUCUGCCAAGUCUAAAGUCCAAUGAAUGCCUUGUCAGCAACAGCAGCGAGACCAGCCCAACCGGGAGCCUAAGCUGAGAUUAUUUGCCCACCACGCCUUUUUGCCUCAACCGAAAGAGCCCAGGCGCCCUAACCCUUAAUAACAGUGGAACUGGGCUCCAACAAGGGAAAUCCAAUAUCAAUGCAUCACUUACAAGACAUGGAGGAGUCCACCCAGCACAACCAGAAUCCAUUACAUGCCAACACGGGCAGAAGGAUCUUAGAUCCCAGAACCCCUGUUAAAAGUGUUGCUAAAACCAUUUUCACACAAUAAGGAGGGCCAGAAACAUGACCACUGACAGCCUACCAUUAAGCGUGGCCUGUUAACUGUGGCUUAUAACCUUCCACUGAAGGGUUUUGGUUUCCUCUGUGAUCAGCCUAAAGACACCCACCAAAUCAGCACCAACAUCUCUCAAGGUUGUGCCUUUGGCAAGAGCACACUUACGUUUGAAUCAAAAUGAUCCAGUGAUAAGAUGUAGAACUUGCAAUGCUCCUCUCUAGUCUCUAUCACAUACGAUGGCUUUGACCUUAGCUCAGAUCUCCAUUCAAUAGCUCCUUGGACAGUGACCCUCAUGAUCAUUACUCCUGCUGGAGGCACAUUGGACCACCUCAGUAUCAAACCAUAAUGUGUUGUGUAACUUAUUGUCCAUGGAAUAAACAUUGGUAGUCAUGAAAACCGCCUUCAGGAAGAUGCUGCUCCACCUUACCCAUUAUUAUUAUUAUUAUUAAAUGCUGAUCUGGUCGGCUGAA